AUGGCAAGUUCAGCGUCUGAUUCUGCAGAAUACAGCUUUUCUGGAGUCGAGGACAGAUUGAGUUCAUCAAGCCGAAGCUAUGGAAGAAUCAUCGCAGGAGAAGGAUUGCAAGUCCCUUUUUCCAAAGCCGAGGAUUGGGGAGAGUCUGGGGACAUCAGCUCUUUUUCCGUCUAUGGAAUUCAUCACAGUGACUUGACAAGGAAGCAAGCUCUCUUUUCAGAGAAUCAGCAGCAAGAGCAGCUACAACAAUCUUUUUCGGAUUAUGGGCGCCUCGAUAAUCUGCGAUGUGAUGCUCCCUCUCUGCCAGUCCAAACUUGUCUAGACGAAAUCAAUAAGUUCGCUAGAAUGUCAACCAAGUUGCAAGAUAUCGAUGAGGCUAGGAAGGACAAGCCAUUCCAGAUUUCUAUAUCAUCGCUCGAACUUCUGAGGAAUGAUGGAUGCAAAUUUAAACGAACGGCCAGGGAUGGGGUACUCGAGCCACACACUGAGCACAGAAAGGCAGAGCUGUCAACUUCUGAAACCAUGAGGAUUGCUAGCGCCAAAUAUAUCCAGUCAUCUUCUGGGGCAGGUGAUGAUCUUGCGUUGCCAGGAUACUUCUCUUGCUUAUCGGAAGAUAAGAUAAGGAACGUGCGACUUGCUGAGAUCCUCCUAGCUGCUGCUGACAAAGUGGGAUGUCAGCAGUUUAAUGCGGCAAGCGCCUGGCUUGACCAGUGUGAUGAGUUGUGCUGCAGCACAGGAAAUCCGGUGGAACGGGUCGUGUACUAUUUUUCUGAAGCACUUAGGGAGAAGAUUGAUCGGAAAACGGGGAGAAUCAGUAUAAAGGGCCUGGGAAAGAGGAUGACCCUCGAUGUCGAAGAAGAAAGCAUGAGGCCGAGCCCUCCUAUCAUCGCAUAUCACCAACUAGUCCCGUUCUCUCAGAUCCAGCAAUUCUCCGCAAUACAGACCAUCGUGGAGAACGUGGCUGGCGCUAAGAAAGUUCAUGUGCUUGACUUCGGAAUACGGAGCGGCAUCCAAUGGACUGUCCUAAUGCAAGCCCUCGUGGCUCAACGUGAACACUCCCUUGAGUUGUUGAAGAUAACAGCAAUAGACAUGCUAGAACCCAAGGAAGAUCUUUUUUAUCUGGACGAGGACGAAUCCAUUGUCGUCUAUGCACAGUUCCUCCUUAAAACGAUGAUUUCUCAGCCCGAGAGGCUUGAGUCCAUCAUGAAAGUGAUUAAAAAGUUAAACCCAUGUGUGAUGGUGGUUGUUGAAGUAGAUUCAAACCACAACUCACCAGAUUUCUCAAAUCGGUUUGCCGAAGUGCUUUUCUUCUAUAGUGCGUACUUUGACUGUCUUAAAGAGUGUAUGGAACGAGCUGAUGAGAACAGAACAUUCCUCGAAUCUAUGUACUUUGGCCAAGCAAUUAGGACCACACUGGCUGAUGAAGGAGAGGAAAGGUCUAUCCGGAGCGUAAAAAUUGAUGUCUGGAGGGCUUUCUUCAGUCGGUUUGGAAUGGUCGAGGUAGAUUUGGGCAUGGCAUCACUAUAUCAAGCAGAUUUGAUGGCAAAGAAAUUUCCAAGUGGAAGUUCUUGCACGCUUGGCAUGAAUGGAAAAUGCCUGAUUAUGGGGUGGAAGGGCACGCCUCUUUUUUCUCUUUCAGCUUGGAGAUUCAAAUAA